UUGGGGUUCCCAGCUCUUGCACCAUCCUCCGUGGGUCCUCACAGGGGCCUGGAAUGCCAUGGUAAAGGCCGAAUAUUGAGAAGAGGCCAGACAUGAGAUCUUGGGAGACAUCUGAGGCUUAAUGGGGGACUUUCCAACACUCCAGACUGCUGCCUACAGUGAAGCUCUGAGUCACUGACCCGGGCACUGGCAACAAUGUGGAAGCCCAGAACAGGCCGCAUCUCUAACCUUCACGCUAAGCAGCAACCCGGAAGCAGUGUGGCCUGAGCUCCAGCAAGCGCUAGAGAAAGCCUCCUCUGUUCAUGGAAAGAGGAAAUGAAAGGAUUCCCAGCCAGUCUCAGCGCUCCAAGGAACCCACCUUCCUUAUCCAUCAAGAGGUCCUGUCUAGUGGCUCCCACUCAACCCUUCCCCUGGAAACACGGUGUGGCGAACUGACGGAAAACGUACAGGCCAAAGCUCAGAAAAGAAGACCCGGAACAGUGAUACUAUCAAAACGCUCAAGUAGAAUUAUGUCAGAAAGCCAGCCUAGACCCCCUGUGAUUCCGGCGCGCAGGCCAGGGUUCCGGAUAUGCUACAUCUGUGGCCGGGAAUUUGGGUCCCAGUCAAUCGCCAUUCAUGAGCCCCAGUGCUUGGAGAAGUGGCGCAUUGAGAACAGCAAACUACCCAAGCACCUGAGGAGGCCAGAACCCUCCAAACCACAGCCCGUUGGUGGCAGCGAGUCCUACAGCCUUCAGGCAGCCAAUGAGGAGGCAUUUCAGAGCGCGCAGGCUCAGCUGCUGGCUUGUGACUAUUGUGGACGCACGUUCUUGCCGGAUAGUCUCCUGGUUCACCAGAGAAGCUGCAAGCCAAAGGGUAGGAGAACAUCAGACAUGGAUGUUCCUGAUGCUCCUACUGGUCUCAAGAAAGCUUCUAGCGGCACUCCAGUCCGACCAAGGACUCUCCUCUGUUACAUCUGUGGUAGGGAAUUUGGCACCCUGUCUCUUCCUAUCCAUGAACCCCAAUGCUUGGAAAAGUGGAAAAUUGAGAAUGACCGGCUUCCUGGAGAGCUGCGUCGGCCUCUGCCCCAGAAGCCUCAACCCCUUCCGACCGGACAGCCCGGCCAAGAGGGACCGGGUCAAGCCGCGCUUGUGCCUUGCCCAAAUUGUGGCCGGACCUUUGCCCUGGACCGCCUACCUGUACACCAGAGAAGUUGUAAAUCUCAACCUAGUAGAUCAAAAAUUCCAAAUUCGAACCUGGACAUGAAAGGUGGUGCAAAUGUACCCACUAAUUCCAAGCAACAAAGGAACAUGGCAGCACCCAAUGAGGACAAGCUAACAAUGACAAGGCGUCCACCGACAGUUGUUUGUUACAUCUGUGGUCGCGAAUACGGAACCAAAUCUAUUAGCAUUCAUGAGCCACAAUGUCUGAAAAAAUGGCAUAAUGAGAACAAUUUGUUGCCUAAAGAACAAAGGAGACCAGAACCAAAAAAACCAGAAAUUAGAGGCAUUACUGCCAAAGGGUUCUAUGAUCUUGAUGCCAUAAACGAAGCUGCUUGGACAAGUGCCCAGAGCCAAUUGGUUCCCUGCAACAUUUGCGGGCGGACCUUCCUGCCAGACAGACUGAUUGUUCACCAGCGAUCUUGUAAACCUAAAGUCGCCAAGUAA